AUGGCUAACAGGUCUAGGCGAAACCAAGCUGGAAGUCAUUCCGAAUUUCCAUGGUACACUUUUCCACGCAACGUAGGGCCCAAGAUUUAUGCGAAAUGGAAUGCCAAACUCGAUUCACUGAAGCAACGAAAGGUGCAUGUUCCUGCGGUUGUGAAUUGGCAGUGGUUUAGCGAAACCGGAUUGUUAGAAGCACUGGAUCCGUAUCUUCAUAAGAUGUUUGAAAGCAUUCAUGGACCAUUUGUUUGUAUGGGAUGGAGAAGGAUUUUUCAGAUUCAAGAGACUGUUUACAAGGAGUUAGUGGUGGAAUUCUUAUCUACUGUUUCAUUCGCAAGGAAAGCUGGUAUUUAUGCGGAUGACAAUUUGACUUUCUGCCUUGGUGGUGAGAGGAGAUCACUGACCCUUGCUGAUUUUUCCCUCAGAAUAGGGAUUUAUCUUCCAUCUGAAGUUCAUUCAGAAUCUUACCAGCAGUAUAUUGCGAAUUGUGUGAGAGAUGUCGAGGGGUUCAAGGCUGAAGAGCAUUGA